GACCGGGCCGCCGGGGCAGGACACACCGACCCGACACCCUGCUGCCUCUGACAGGUGAAACCCAAAAGGCCCAAACAUGAAGAUCCUCGUGGUUCUGGUUCUGAUCUCAGUUUGCGACGCCAACAUCCUGUGGCAGGAGCCUCCCAAGAGCAACAUGGAGGUGGUGAAGGCCGCUUUCUGGGACUACGUUGCCAAGGCAACGCAGACCGCCGAGGACUCCCUGCAGCAGAUCCGGGACUCCGACCUGGGACAGGAAGUGAAUGCGAAGAUCUCCCAGAGCGCCGACACCGUGAACCAGUACGUGGCGUCGCUGCGGACCCAGGCCGCGCCCCUGACCCAGGACUUCCUGACCCGGUUCAGCCAGGAGGCGGAGCAGCUGAAGGCCCGGCUGGAGGGCGACAUGGCGGCCCUGGGGUCAAACAUCCGGCCGUACGGCGAGCAGCUGGCGGCCAAGCUGCAGGCGCAGGUGGAGGAGCUGAAGCGGGAGGCGACGCCGUACGCCGAGGCGGUGGACGGAGAGGCGCUGAAGGCCGUGCUGCUGCAGAAGAGCCAGGAGCUGCGGGCCCAGCUGGAGGCCGGCGCCGCCCAGCUGCAGGCCCAGAUGGGGCCCUACGGCGACCAGCUGAGGGGGAAGAUGGAGCGCAGCCUGGAGGACUUCCAGCAGAGCGUCGUUCCUCUGGCGCAGAGCUUCGAGACGCAGGUGGCCCAGAAGGCCCAGGAGCUCCAGCAGAGCCUGGUUCAGAACGGCGAGGCGCUGCGGGCCAAGCUGGACGCCGGCGCUCAGGACCUGCAGGCCCAGCUGUCCGCCCUGUGGGACGCCUUCACCCAGAAGACCCAGUAAACUGACUGUCCACGCGUAUUUAUUCUGGCUUCAGCCACAGCUCUUUAAUAACCUUCUGCACUUAACUUCACCUUCUAAUCUUUAAAUUUAGCAAAAUAAAGAUGAAUCCUCAAACA